AUGCUCCUGAAAAUGGAUUUCAGCAACUACGGCAGCUUUGGAAUGGAACUGGCCGCCUCAAAACAGGAGCUCAAAGAAGCUGAAUCCAAGGAGCAUGCCUUUCCUUACUUCAAUGGACAUCAGAGCCCGUUGUCAAAAGUAAAUCUGAAAAACAAUGUCUGCAGUGGAGGCUUAGCUGUUGGAACCCUUCUCCUUAUUGAGGAAGAUAAAUAUGGUGUUUACUCCAAUUUGUUGUUCAAGUAUUUUCUCGCAGAGGGAGUUGUCUGUGGACAUGACUUGUUUGUUGCUUCUGCUAAAGAGCUUCCUACCAACAUCUUAAAGGAACUUCCAGCCCCUUUGCUUGAUGAUAACUGCAGAAAUGAAUUGGGAGAAGAAGCAACAGCUGUUACAUCUGAAGAUUUUCAGGAUUCUAUGAAAAUAGCCUGGCGCUACCAAAAUUUACCAAAAAUGGAGGUUAGCCCAACAACAUCUGCAAGGUUUGGCCAUUAUUAUGAUGUUUCUAAAACAAUGUCCUCAGAACUGUUUCAGUCCAUAAAAUGUCACAGUUUUUUCCUUCCUGAAGAAUUGUCUUUGCCACCCACAAUAAAAAUGUGUAAUAUGAACUGUGGUUAUGCAAGGCUGCUUCAGUCCAUUCAGAAGCUCAUUUAUCAGGAAGGAUUUGACGGCUCUCAUCCCCAGAAAAAACAAAAAAAUAUUUUGCGAAUGGGAAUUCAGAGUCUGGGUACCAUGUUGUGGGGUGAUGAUAUUUGUAAUACUGAUAAACCGGAAGAUGCUCACAGCCUUACAAAAUUUCUCUAUGUUCUCCGUGGCCUCCUCAGAAAAUCUUUGUCAGCCUGCAUCAUCACAGUGCCUGCUCAUCUCAUCCAGAAUAAAGCAAUUAUGGAACGUGUAACAAACUUGUCAGAUGUGGUAGUUGGUCUUGAAUCAUUUAUUGGCUCUGAGAGAGAAACCAAUCCAUUAUACAAGGAUUACCAUGGUUUGAUUCACGUACAUCAGAUUCCUCGGCUUAAUAGCUUGAGCUGUGAUGUGCCAGACACGAAGGACCUUGCUUUUAGGUUAAAAAGGAAGCUGUUCACCAUUGAGCGACUGCAUUUGCCUCCAGACUUGUCAGACACAGUGAGCCGCUCAAGCAAACAGGAUCUGGCAGAAUCCGCCAAACUGCUGAGCUCAGGAUGUGGUGCGAUGGCCAUCGGCAAGAAGCACCUGGACUUCUAGUGAUUUCUACUUAGCAGUUUCCCUCAGAUUUAUAUGACACUCUAAUUAUGAGUGUUAAUGACUUAUAUAAAUAUUUUUCUUAAUGAUUUGACCCAGCAGUCUUUAAAAAUGCACAUUAUCGUAUGGUGCCUCUUUUUCCUGUUCUGAUUUCUUUGUACUAAUUUUUGGCUUGUUUGGGUUUUGCUUUUUGUUAACGCUUCUGUUACACUGGGUCCUGCCAUUAUUCUGCUCUAUUGGAAUUGUACAGUAUUUUGUUCCUUUCCUUAAAAUAUGAACAUUACUUUUGUUUUUUCAGUUCUAGGUGUUUUGUACAAUAAAACUGAAGGGCUAUUUUUCCCAACAGAAUUUUUGUAUGCAUAUAUUUAAUGUUUUGUAUGACUAGUAAGUUAAGUUGGACUGUUUAUUGAAAUAAAUGAAUGAAACUAGGGAAUUCAUUGUCACAUGUUAUUCCAAAAGCAAACUGCACAAUUACUGUUUUUAAAAGCAUUCAUUUUUAUAUUUGAAAUACCAUUAUUAAAUUUCAGAAAGUAUUUGCCUUGAUUUAUAAAAUAUACAAUGACAAUUUAAAGUUGUUUAAGAUAUUUUUAUUCUAAUAUGCUAGUAAUUAAGAAAGGUUGGGUUUUGGUCAGAAUGUAUGACAGGUAAUUACUUUGCUCUCUGGGUUAAUUCAUUUAUUAAAACGCAGUUGAAUGGAAUUUACCAAACAUAGAAAAAAGAACUGAUUUCUUUAUGUAGUUCAAAACAGUAAUCCUAAACAAUUGAAAUCAGCACUAUGAAAUUAUGUCAACAGACAUAAUUCAAGAUUGAAAUUCAAACCGACAGCUACACUCAUGCUAGAAAACCAGAAGAGCGCACUGGAGCUUGGGGAAGAGCAUCACAGCAUGCUGGUCUAAAACAGGGCAGAAAAUAAAACUAAUUCAGGUCUCUGUACCAUCGUAUAUGGUAUUUGUGAACUUACAACUAUUUUGUACGUAUCUGUGCAUAUAUCUCAUCAAAUAAAAGCUGUUAAAUAUUUUUUAAACAUGGAUCAGAUGCUUGGCAAUGCUGACCUGUAAAUCAAAGUGUUUUGUAUUAUUUCUUCUGUGGCUGACUUCCAUUUUGAAAGGUAAUCUAGGCGUCUCUACAGAACUGGUAAGGCAUCCAAGUGUAAGAUUGCAUUAUGGUUUCAAAAUUCAGUCUUUAUAAUAGUAUAUUACAUGGCUGGAAUGAAAGUGACUCUUCAAAGAACUUGUUAAUAUGAUGCAAUAACGUUAACUUCUUUUGAUGGGUUUGAAACCAAGAGUUGGUUAAGUGGUUUGCUUUUUUUAUGCAAUCCAGGUUCUACUUUAUUUUUUCUUGACAACACUGUGUAAAACAAAGACAUAGCUUUUAAAACUGUCUAACUAAUAUGAUGAAUGUCAAUCACUUAAAAAACUCCACUGUAGCAUAAACACACACUGUAUACAGCUUUUAUUCUGAAUUAGAAUAAUUGAAUCAAUGACAGUGAUUUGCCAGGAUGUCAAAUCUAUCCAUCAUAUCCUGUCACUACCAGUUUAUUUUUUGUGAUCAAAAUCAAAAAGACUACUAUUUUGUCAUCAGCUAUUUCAUUAGUAGUAACAAUCAG